GCGCCGCCCGUGCGCAGGCGGGUGGCGACCAUGGCCGUGCUGCUGGAGACCACGGUGGGCGACCUGGUGAUCGACCUGUACACGGAGGAGCGGCCCCGCGCUUGUCUGAAUUUCCUGAAGCUCUGCAAAGUCAAGUACUACAACUACUGUCUUAUUUAUAAUGUGCAAAGGGAUUUUAUUAUACAAACCGGUGACCCCAUGGGAACUGGCCGUGGAGGGGAAUCCAUAUUUCGUCAACUCUAUGGCGAUCAAGCUAGAUUUUUCGAGGCAGAAAAAGUGCCAAGAAUUAAGCACAAGAAAAAGGGAACCGUGUCAAUGGUGAACAAUGGUAGCGAUCAGCAUGGAUCACAGUUUCUUAUUACUACAGGGGAAAACCUGGAUUACCUUGACGGUGUGCAUACGGUAUUUGGAGAAGUGACAGAAGGCAUGGAUGUAUUGAAGACAAUUAAUGAAACCUUCGUUGAUAAGGAUUUUAUCCCGUAUCAGGAUAUCAGGAUAAAUCACACAGUAAUUUUGGAUGAUCCAUUUGAAGAUCCGCCUGGCCUGUCUGUUCCUGAUCGCUCACCAGAACCUACUAAGGAACAGCUAGAUAGUGGCAGAAUAGGAGCAGAUGAAGAAAUAGAUGACUUGAAAGGACGGUCUGCAGAUGAAAUAGAAGAAGUCCAGGCAGAAAAAGAAGCAAAAACUCGUGCCAUUCUUCUCGAAAUGGUGGGAGACUUACCAGAUGCAGAGGUGAAGCCACCAGAAAAUGUGCUGUUUGUUUGUAAACUGAAUCCUGUGACCACAGAUGAAGACCUAGAGAUAAUAUUUUCACGAUUCGGUCCAAUUAAAAGCUGUGAGGUGAUUCGAGACUGGAAGACUGGUGAAUCUCUUUGUUACGCUUUCAUUGAGUUUGAAAAGGAGGAAGACUGUGAGAAAGCCUACUUCAAAAUGGACAAUGUGCUGAUAGACGACAGACGGAUACACGUGGAUUUUAGCCAGUCUGUUGCAAAGAUUAAGUGGAAGGGAAAAGGUGGGCGGUAUACCAAGGACGACUUCAAAGAGUAUGAAAAGGAACGGGACAGACCUUCAAAACUUGCUCUGAAAGAGAAGGUGAAACCAAAGCAGGAUACCAAGUAUGACCUGGUGCUGGAUGAGGAUACAGAAGAGUCUCAAACAAGUCGGUCACACUCAGCUAAAAAGCAAAAGAAGAAAAAGCACCACCACUCUGAAGAUGAAGAGGACGACAAGAGGACCAAAAAAUCUAAGGAUUCUGACAGAAAGCAUGAAGGGGAACGCUGCAGAGAGAAGACAAAGAGUGAGAAGAAAGACAGGCAUCGGAGUCGCAGCCGAUCUCAAGAAAGAGACUACUCUUACAGCAGACAAAAAGACAAAUACAGAGAUGACUUCCGAGUAAGAGACUGGGAUAAAAAAAGAGACAGAAGCAGAAGUCCUAAGAAAUCAAAAGACAAAGAGAGGUCCAAGUACAGAUGAAGGAUGAGGAAAAGAGGGAGGGGAACUAAAAUGUGUUUUCUUCCAGAAUUUCCAACGUUCUCUCAAAUGGAUGUGCAGUUAUGGGAUAAAAGCCGUUGCCUUCUGUUGGCAGCUUGGCCUUACGAUUCUGUGAAUGCCCAGCGUAUGGCUGUCAGAGUAAGCCUGGAUUCCAAAAAGGUUGUUUCAAUAAAAUACUUCACGUUAGUGAAAUGUUUUGAGUCUCCCAUAAGAAAUGUUGUGUAGAGCUGUUUGGAACCAUAAGUAUGCACCAGCAGAUGAAUUACCCUUCUCCACUGCGAGGAGAUGUGCAGGACAUACCUCCUUUCUACAGGGAGGUUGUAUUUAUCUUUCAGCAUUCUCAGAUGCUUUGGCAAUGAGCGUGAGAGAAGACCUGGGGAGACAGAAGUGUUUUGUAUGCACUGCUUCCAGAGAGUGGCUAGAUACCAUUUGUAUAUUAGUACUCAAAACUCUUUAUUUCUUUCCUUUAAGUGCUUCUGGCUGGCUUAGUCUUGUUGGCUCUGUUUGUUGGCACCGGUGAGCAGCAGUGGUUGAAGGCACUGAAGUUACUGCUUGCAGGGGUGAUGCAGGUGCUGCACCACAGGACAUCAGUUGCACUUCCUUGCUCACUUGGCUGCGUGGCACUGCUGGGGGGGAUCUCUCUGAACGGAGAGUCACUUGGUAUUUGGCCCAUCUGUAGUCCCUGUUAAAGAUCUGGGCCCUGUAGUGUGGGCCCGUGGUGUCAGGCAAGUUGUGUUGGGUGGGUAAGAAAGAAGGAAAUAGGCAUUACCAGAAUUAGCCAAAAAGCAGAAUUGUAACUUGCAUUGUAUUUACCAAAGCCUAGAUGGGAUUAAUUUUCAGGUUUUGUGGGCAGAAGUAGGUCAGUUAGUAAUUUGUCAUCUACAGAGGAAUGAAGGUGGUGUUAUCAGAGCCUGGGUCUUAGUGAAAGUUGCCAGGUUCUUAAAUAUCUCUCUUGCUCUGAUAAACUAGACCUUGCCAUGUAAACAGUGUUAGCCAGUGUGCAUACAUUUCAAGAAUAUACAUGUCUUCCUCUUACUCUCCAGAGGAGGAGAGAUCUUGCAUUGUUGGGAGGGGAGGGGGAGACAUGGGCAGUAGUAUUUGUCUUUCCUUCCCCUCCAUGGAAUGUGUGAUGGCUCAGAGGCAGUCUGCUUUGAUGAAUAAAUUUAACUUUUUUCUUUGA